CUGGUGGUAAAGUACUUAUACCAAGGGCUCAUUCUGUUGCAGCUGGCAGCAACCUCCCUCUCUGACACAGAAGCUUGUAGAUCGACUCGUCUAGGAGGUUUAUGAUUCAAAAACUAUGCCAAGUAUUCAACUAGCCAGGCCAUGACUACCUGCUUGGGUUUUUGUUUAUUGUUUGGGGUUUUGGUUUUGUGAGAAAGGGUUUCUCUGUGUAGCCAUGGUUGGUAGACAAGGUUGGCCUUGAACUCAGAGAUCCACCUGCCUCUGCCUCCAGAGUCUGGGAUUAAAGGCUGUGCCCACCACACUCAGCACAACAGCUUGUUUUCUAAGUUGGUGUGAGCCACUAUUUUCAUCCUAACAUGUCCAUUUCUAUUUCUUAGUUCGCCAUGAGCAAAAUAGCCUGCCAAAGCAUUUCCACUGACUUUCCAAAUGCUCUUGUGACUACAAGUAUCUCCAGUCAAGACCUAUUACACCUCAGAAAGCUUAAGCCACAAUCGCUACAGCUCAAUCUUUAGCCUGUUCUAGAAUGUCUGUGCUGUUUUAGGGUGCCCUAACGGUUGAUUACAAAAAUCUUUCUAAUAUCACUGAUACCCACAGUGCUAAAGUAAUAUGCCACCAAAAUAAAAACAACCCUCAAGCACCUUAUGGAAAUAUGAAUCUACUCCUAUUUCUAAAAAUAGAAGGAACCCAAUGUGAAGGAACACACCUGCAAUCUUAGCACUUGAGAGAGCUAGGACAGGAGGUUUAUAAUUCAAGGACAACUUUGGCUACACUAUGAAACCAUGUUAUAAAAAUUCCCCCAAAAUUCAGUGAUGGUAAGUACCGGGUAUUUGAUGUACCCUGUGCGGUUCCCCUAAGCCCUUCCUAGACCUCUUUGUGGCUCUGCGGCCUUUCCCACAUGGUUCUUCAGGCUAAUGCACUGUAGUUCUUCCUUGGAGUUCUAUGCCGGAAGGGCAUCUGAUUUUGAGAAGACAAACAUGGCAUCCAGUGGUCAGGGAGAAAGAAAAGGCCCUAAGCUUCAACUGACUGAAGAACAGAAACAGGAAAUCUGGGACGCUUUUGAUCUCUUUGAUGCUGAUGGAACUGGAACUACAGACAUUAAGGAACUAAAGGUUGCAAUGAGGGCCCUCGGUUUUGAACAUAAGAAAGAAGAAAUCAAGAAGAUGAUAAGUGAAAUUGAUAAGGAAGGGACAGGAAAAAUUAACUUUAGUGACUUCUUGAUAGUGACGACUCAGAAAAUGUCUGAGAAAGACACCAAAAAAGAAAUCCUGAAAGCCUGCAAGCUCUUCGAUGAUGAUAAAACUGGGAAAAUAUCGUUAGGUAAGAACCUGACUGAUAAGGAGCGCUAGGAAAUGACUGAUGAAGCUGAUGGAUGGAGAUGGCAAGAUCGAUGAGCAAGAGUUCCUGCGCAUCAUGAAGACCAGUCUCUAUUAAGAUCUAAAGGUGCUUCUUUUUCUACUGCAAGCACAUGUGAC